AGGCUGGCUGCAGCUAGAAUUUACCAGAUCCACCAGUUCAGUUCAGCACUUUCUCCCUUCGUCGCAUAAAUACUACGCAGCAAAGGGUAUUUAAGUGAAUUCAAUAUAGUAAAAGUAGUAGUCGCUUCACCAAGUUUCUGCAAAAAUUGCCCACCUUACCUACAUUUAACAAAUAAAGAAUUGUGAAAAUGGAACAGUCUUUUGUUACUGUUUAUAUUGUUGAUGCAUUUACCAAUGAACUAUUUUCUGGUAAUCCGGCCGCCGUUUGUUGUUUGGAGAAUGAUCUCCCAGAAAACUUGAAGAGGAAAAUUGCUGCUGAGAUGAAUCUAUCUGAAACUGCUUUUGUCACCAUAGAAAAUGGUGAAACAUUUGAAAAAAGCUCAAAAUUUGCCUUACGAUGGUUUACACCAACACAUGAAGUGGAUUUGUGUGGACAUGCUACACUUGCAACAGCUGCUAUAAUUUUUCACAAACUUGGGAACAAAGAAAAAGCCAUUGAAUUCAAUACCCUUAGUGGAAUCUUAAAAGCCAUCCAGGAAAAUGAUUCCUCUAUUACUUUAGACUUCCCUCUGAAUCCUUCUUCUCCAUAUGAAGCACAAAAUCUGAAGGAUAUCAUACGCGUCGUAGCAAACAAUUUUGAAAUUCAAGACGUUCAACAUUGUUCCACAACAAAAAAAUUACUUUUGCGUCUGGCUGAUAAAUAUAAAAGGAAGGAUUUGGAAGAUUUAAACCCUUUGACGCAAGAACUACUAACUUGUGAAAGUAGUGGUGUUGUGAAAGGGGUGAUUGUUACAUUGCAAGGCAACGAAAACGAGGGCUAUGAUUUUUACAGUCGCUAUUUUGCCCCUUGGGUUGGUAUUCCAGAAGAUCCAGUUUGCGGAUCUGCUCACACGGUUCUUGCUGCUUACUGGGAAAAAGUCUACAAUAAAGACCAGUUUAGAGCUAGGCAAUGCUCGAAACGAGGUGGUGAUUUAAACAUCAAGAUUAUUGGACAACGCGUCAAACUAACAGGCCAAGUGGCCCACGUCCUUGAAGGGAAAAUCCGCAUAAAAUAAAUAUGAGGUAGGCCUGUAAAAACUGUGACUGGGAUGCGCCAUCCAUCAAGGAAUCAAAAACUGCUUGCGGGAGGCUCAGUGUAAUGCCGACUUCUCCUGAAUAUGUACCUUCAUAUACUUGGCCUAAAAAGGUGUAAAUGGCGUUGGAAAUUUGUAUACUUUCAGAAAAUAAAAUUAACUUUUAAAGCGUAAA